AUGCUUGAUAACAUAGAAACUAAAUAGUUCUUGACUAAUCAGCUAGAGACUGAGAAAUUCAACCUAGAGUCUGUUAGAGUUAAGAAAGGCUUCAUUAUACCGUACAUUAUAGUCGUUACAUUGCUAGUGUCACAGUUUGGAUAUACAAUCGGAGUCAUUAAUCCACUUAUUGAUACGUUGAUUGUUAAAUUCGGUUGGACUGAGGACAACUAAUCGUUUUAUAUUUCUUUGCUAAGUACAAUGAUACCAUUAGGCGGGUUCUUUGGGGCAUUGAUUGGCAAAUCUCUGACUUUAUUUGAGAGUGUGACAUUAAUAGCUAUAGGCAGAUUUAUCUAAGGAAUUGCAGCUUGCGGCUUUUCAACUGUUAUUGUACCUAAGUUUAGUAAGAAAAUCAAUCCAAUAAUAAUUGUAGUAUAUGAAACAUCACCAGUAAGUAUGAGAGGCCCAUUAGGAGGCCUGACCUAGCUUCAAAUAUUUACAGGCAUCAUCCUUGUAUUUACUCUAGGCUUUGGCACUCCUGAAACUCACGAAGAUAAAUUGAACUCAUAGUAUUGGAGAUUAGUUUUUUUCAUUCCAAUAAUAAUUGCUGUAUUACAAUCAGUGCUUUUGCUUUUGUUUUUCAAAUACGAGACACCUAUUUUCUCAAUUGUUCAGAAAAAUAAAGAUGAUGAAGCUAGAUAGAUUUUGAGAAGAAUUUACUAUGAAGAAGACGUUCCUAAUAUAAUUCAAGCUAUUAAAGAUAACAAUAAGAGUUAGACUGGCGGAGGUUAGUAAUCAUUCGCGGAUGCAAUUUUCGGGGUUGAUUGCAAAUCAGCCUGGGUUGGAUUCUUUUUGCAAUUCUUCAACUAGCUUAGUGGUAUCAAUUGUGUGAAUUUGUACUCCUCUAAAAUCUUUGAAUAAAGUGGAAUGGAUCCCAAAUUCGGGACUUGGCUCGUGGGUGUUUUCAAUUUCAUUGGAGCUAUUAUUCCAAUGAUAAUCAUCAACAGUAAUUAUCUUACUCAAUUAUAUGCUAAUUAUAGGAUUAUGCUGCUAAUGAUUAUACUAUAUCUAGUAUUCUAUCAACUUGGAGCUGGCCCUAUUCCCUAUAUAUACAUCACAGAUAUUUGCUCUGACGCUGGAAUGAGUUUUGGAACGCUGUCUAUGUGGUUAUGGAGCUUAUUCACUACUAUUGUUACACCAUUCCUUAUUAUGAAUGAGAAAAUUGGAAUAACAGGAUGCUUUGCAGGAUUAACAGUGCUCACAUUUAUUGGCUUCAUAUUCUGUUUGCUUGUCUUGAAAGAAACUAAAGGAUUGACUGAUGAUUAAUGCAAGAAACUUUUUAGCAAAUAGGAAACGACUAAAAAAUGA